AAGGCAUGCAACGGCAUACGUAGACCUAGCACAGCGCAUUAUGAAUCCUUCGGCUCAGAAGAAAAAUGAACACCCAGCCUGACGUGAUUCGAAAGUGUGUGUGGCCGGCGUGCCUCAUGGGCCUGUUCAUCACUGGCACGCUCUCUCUGGGCUGUGACUUGCUACAUAUUCAUCUUCGUAGAGUCACCUGGCAAAAUGUGAAGCUUCUGACCAAUAUGAGCAAAUCAUUUCCUCUGGAGUGCCUACGAGAAAACAACACUUUCCAGUCGCCCCGAGAGGUCCUAGCAUAUAGCCAGCCUCUUUUGCACAGAGACAUCAAGGGGGUCUUCUAUGAAAUGUCCAUGCUGGCCUUCAACAUCUUUGCUCAAUGCACCUUCCAGUCCACUGGGGAAGAGAAACACCUGGAACAAAUCCAAACCGGACUUGAUCAGCAACUGCAGUACCUGGAACAAUGCUUGAAAGAAGAGAAGGGAAAUGAAGACAAGGAAGAGAUGGAGGAGGAUGAGAAGAGACACCCGGGAGCUAGGACCCCCCAGCCCAGCAACUUAGAACUGAGGAGGUAUUUCCACAGGAUAAGAAGUUUCCUGAAAGACAAGCAGUAUAGUCACUGUGCCUGGAAGAUCGUCCAAGAGGAAAUCAGAAGAUGUUUCUACUACUUUCAGACACUCAUAGAACUACUCAGAAGGAAAUAA